CCCUCAUUAGCAUAACCCCGCCCCCUUUUGGCCCCGCCCCUCCAGGUGGGGGCGGGGGGGGGCGGGGGCCGGGAGCGGCGGCGGCGGGCGCGGGGCGGCGGCGGCGCGGAGGGCGUGCCGAGCACUUGAAACUCGCCCGGGAUGAACAAACCACGCCGGGGUUGCCUCACGUCCUGCCCGGCUUAGGAGAAGGCAGAGGAAAAUCGCCGAGGGUUUCCCAAUCGCCGUGAGGUGUGCGCCCGGGGAACCUGUCGGGCUCCUGCCCCGCACGGCCGCUCUCGGCAUCUCCCCCGCCAGGCAGAGCAGGAGCCCGGCCGUGCCCUGGGGCUGCCUUGCAUGAAGGACAGAGGGGGAGGAAGGAGGAGGCCACCGCCGGCGUCCGCCCUCGAGCCGCGCCGCGUGGGAUCCCUGCCACUCUUAUGAGCCUGCCGCCCGCCGCCCGCCCGAGAUGUCCUCCAGCGACAAGAACGGGGGCAGCCGCUCCGGCAGCAGCCGCCUGCAGAGCAAGAAGCCCCCCAACCUCUCCAUCGUCAUCCCCCCCAGGGAGGCAGAAGAGGACGGCGCCCGCAAGGAGGUGAGCAGCCGCGAGCUCCGGGGGCACCCAUCCCGGGGGCACCCAUCCCGGGGGCACCCAUCCUCCGGGCACCCAUCCUGGGGGCACCCGUCCCCCCCACCCCGUGCUCCGUUCCUGACGCUCUGCCCUGCCUCCCAGCCCACCAAGGCCCCCAUCUACCGCAAGAGCAAGAGCCUGCAGGAGCCCCGCUCGAAGGCAUGCGACGGCUCGGAGCGGCGGCCGGGCUUUCGCCGUCAGACCUCCCUGUCCCAGAGCAUCCGCAAGGGCACGGCGGAGUGGUUCGGGGUCAGCAGCGACUGGGAGGGGAAGCGGCAGCACUGGCAGCGCAGGAGCCUGCAGCACUGCAGCAUGAGGUACGGCAAGCUGAAGGCCGCCUAUCGCGACAUGGAGCUGCCCAGCCAGGAGGCGCCCUCCUUCCAAGGCACCGAGUCACCCAAACCGGCCAAAAUGCCCAAGAUCGUGGACCCGCUGGCCAGGGGCCGUCCUUUUCGCCACCCCGACGAGACCGACCGGCCCCACACGCCCCACCACGUGCUGCCCCCCCUCACCCCCGGCGUCGCGUCCUUGGCCUCCUUCAACAGCGCCCGCUCCGGCUACGGCCGCCUGCCGAGGAGGAAGAGGGAGUCAGUGGCCCACAUGAGCUUCAGGGCGGCCGCUGCGCUUCUCCGCGGACGCUCGGCCCUGGAGCCGCUGGCUCAGAAGCAGAGGAGCAACAAGAGGAGCUUCGUGUACCCCAGCUUCAUGGACGAGGACGUGGUGGAUGCGGCCGAUACCCUGGACUCCUCCUUCUUCAGUAAGAUGGACCUGCACGACGAGACCUACUCCAUGCCCGACGACGUCUUCGAGUCGCCGCCUCUCUCCGCCACCUACCUGCGCAUGCACUCGGUGGGCGAGGACGCCAGGGCGUCCCCCGAGGGCGAGCAGCCCCCUCUGCGCGAAGGUGCCCGGCUCGCCGCAUCCUCCGCUGUCGCUGCUCCCCGGAGGGGCAGGCGCAUCGCUUCCAAGGUGAAGCACUUCGCCUUCGACCGCAAGAAGCGCUACUACGGGCUGGGGGUGGUGGGCAAGUGGCUGAACAGGACGUACCGCCGCAGCCUCAGCAGCAUCGUGCAGUCACAGCUGGAGAACACCGACAGCCACCGGCCGUAUUUCACCUACUGGAUCACCUUUGUGCACAUCCUCAUCACCUUGCUGGUCAUCGGCACCUACGGCAUCGCUCCCAUCGGCUUCACCCAGCACGUGACGACAGAGUUAGUGCUGAGGAACAAAGGCGUGUAUGAAAGCGUCAAGUACAUCCAGCAGGAAAACUUCUGGAUCGGGCCCAGCUCGAUCGACCUGAUCCACCUGGGGGCCAAGUUCUCGCCCUGCAUCCGCAAGGACCGGCAGGUGGAGCGCCUCAUCCAGCGCCAGCGGGACCGGGAGCGCGGCUCCGGCUGCUGCGUGCAGAACGACAACUCGGGCUGCAUCCAGACACUGCCGCAGGACUGCUCGGAGACGCUGGCGACAUUCAUCAAGUGGCGGGCACCAACGCAGCCAACCAUGGGCUCAGGCGAGAGAAGGACAUCAGGGGCCGUGUGUCACCAGGAUCCCAGGACGUGCGAGGAGCCGGCCUCGAACCCUCCCCACGUGUGGCCGGACGAUAUCACCAAGUGGCCGAUCUGCACCUACGAGACCAAAACCAACCACACGGGCUUGGCGCACAUGGACUGCCAGAUCAAGGGGCGGCCCUGCUGCAUCGGCACCAAGGGCAGCUGCGAGAUCACGACGCGGGAGUACUGCGAGUUCAUGCACGGCUACUUCCACGAGGAGGCAACGCUCUGCUCGCAGGUGCACUGCCUGGAUGAAGUCUGCGGCCUCCUGCCCUUCCUCAACCCGGAGGUCCCCGACCAGUUCUAUCGCCUGUGGCUGUCCCUGUUCCUGCACGCGGGCAUCAUCCACUGCCUGGUGUCGGUGACUUUCCAGAUGACGGUGCUGCGGGACCUGGAGAAGCUGGCGGGCUGGCAUCGCAUCUCCAUCAUCUUCAUCCUCAGCGGCAUCACGGGCAACCUGGCCAGUGCCAUCUUCCUGCCCUACCGCGCGGAGGUGGGUCCCGCCGGGUCGCAGUUCGGCCUGCUGGCCUGCCUCUUCGUGGAGCUCUUCCAGAGCUGGCAGGUGCUGGAGAAGCCCUGGAAAGCCUUCCUCAACCUCUCGGGCAUCGUCCUCUUCCUCUUCGUCUGCGGGCUCCUGCCCUGGAUCGACAACAUCGCCCACCUCUUCGGCUUCCUCAGCGGCCUCCUCCUCUCCUUCGCCUUCCUGCCCUACAUCACCUUCGGCACGGGGGACAAGUACCGCAAGCGGGCCAUGAUCAUCGUGUCCCUGCUGGUCUUCGUGGGGCUCUUCGCCUCGCUGGUGGUCUGGCUCUACGUCUACCCCAUCAACUGGCGCUGGAUCGAGUACCUCACCUGCCUGCCCUUCACCAGCAAAUUCUGCGAGAAGUACGAGCUGGAGCAGGUCCUGCACUGACCCCCCCCCCCAAAAAAAAAACCUCCCGGGGGGGACGCUGCAGCCCUGGCACGGCCGCGCCGUCACCGCCGGGGCUCGGGGAGCUGUGGGGUGAGGAUGGGGUCGGGUGGGAGCCGUGGUGCCCCCCCCCCCAUCCCGCCCCGUGUGCCCCCACGGUGCCGCUCAUACUGUGAACACAACCCCCUGUUUGUAGGGGGGCGUAUUUGGGUUUUUUACCCGUGGCUCUUGGCCACGUUUGUUGUCUCGGGGGUGCCUCGGGGACCCCCUGGGGGCUCUGUGGCUGCGCUCUGGCUCGGCCCAGCCCUUUUCCCCCCCGAUCCGUUCCAGUGGGAUUUGGACCCCACCCCCCCCCUCCAGCAGCUCCUGCCUUGUCAGCCUUAGGAUUUUUUAAUUUUGGGGGUGUUUUUUCUCAAAGCAGGAUUGUGAGCUGCGAGGGGGAGCCCUGAUGGUUUUCCCCAGCUGCGGGCUCCCUGGAGCUUCGGCCCCGCGCUGCUCGGAGCUGAGGUUUUGAAGUAUUUUUCUCCCACUUUUGUGCCUGCUGCUCAGCUCCCAGGGCCUCGGGAGGAGGCUCGUGCUUCUCCAGGCGGGCUCCUCUUGGGGCAGGGUGGAUUUUUUCAGCUCCUUCUGAAGCCCGGGCAGGGCUCGGCUGAGCGCGGACCCCUUGGGGACACCCCUGCUGCUGCCCCGGGUCCCCGGUGCCACCUCCUGUCCCCCUCCCAGGUGUGGGGACCCGGGUACCUGGGUGGCUCCUCGGUGCUGGUGGGUGACAGCACCGGAGGAUGGGGACAGAGCCAAUUCCCCAGCGGGACGAGCACCCAAAUUUUGGGGUGAGCCUCCCCCCAGUGGUGCCUGCACCCCUGCUCCGCCGCGGGCCGGCCGCAGCCCCGCUCCUCCUCCCAAAGGCGGGCGCCUCACCUCCUCGGUCUCUUUUUGAUACUUUUUUAGAAGCCGUGUUUUGUUCGGGGUUUGUUUGGUUUUUUUCCCCCCUUAAUAAAUUUCUACCUGUAUUUAAUGAGA